UAGUGGUACACCACCCACCACUACAAGACCAUUUCAAUCAAUAGAAAUAAUUCUUAAUUUUUUAAACAAUUGCUAGUGUAGUUGAAUAAAUCAACAUUAUCAAUACUAUUGAUAUAUUUUUUAAACCUGUUAAAAAAAUAUAACAAUGUUAUUUAAAAAAAAAUACUUGAAUCUAAAGUAUAUUUUAACUUAUUCUGUCAAGUAAUUUCAAAUUUUACAAAGUGCGAUAGUGAUAAUAUACUUUAGCUUAAAGUGUACUUUAAUAACGAUAGCUUAUAUCUUAACUUCGUAUAUUAUGGAUUAACCUAACUUGAUCAUUAUGCUCCUCAAUUCCCCACGCUAACUCUAUGACACUUUGCACCGGGCCAGUCUUGAGCCAAUCAUACGAAGACAAGAGAUGUUUGUGUGUUUGCUCGAAUCCGGCAUUCGUUCUGAAUGAUACACAGAGCACUAACCGACAGCUUUACAUUGCUAAUGUACCACCAGACAAAUGCAACUGUGAGAUGGUUGUCCUGCCUCAUGUUGGGAUUAGCAUAAAAGGCAGAGGACAGGCUCUGUGUCCACAAUGUGAAUGCAAGUAUGAGAUGAGGAACACGAGGGUCAUUAUGAUAGUGGUGAUCCUAGUGCUGUGGCUCUUGAUGCUGCUAUCCAUCUACAUGGCAUUCAUAAUGUGUCUCGACCCGUUGAUGAAGAAGAAGAAACCGUCCCCCAGACGGUACAGGGAAGACGGCACGGAGGAGGCUUGCAGUCUUCUCGCCCAAGAAGACAUUGAAAAUUUAACAUAAGAAGACAACUUCCACAUAAUCAUAUGGAAGUGAUUUUAAAUCAUUAAAUUUUUAUCUUGUGUGAUUGACUAAUUUCCAAGUCUGCGAGGACACAUGUAAUGGAAACAUAAUAAUGCAGUAACAUGUACAAAUAGAAAUGUCAUAGUUAAAUUAUACGAAUGUAUAAAAUAUAUUUAAUAAUGUAUGAAAAUUCGUAUUAUGAAGAUUUGUAUGGUAACAUUACAUAUAAACAAAAAUGAAAUUGUAUUUUCAAUCUAAACAGGUACAGUUAAUAGUACAACAACCUAACCAAAUUGAAAACUUGCCGGUUGUACCGCGUCCUAGUUGAUCAUGCAGGGUGACUUGAUGUGCUGUUGACUGUACAGGUGUUUAUGCUAAUUUCAGCCUGUGUCCGUGAUAUAGCAGGCAAUUUUAGGAGUGCCUUCUGCACUGGUGCAGCCAGGUCUUGAGUAAACCGGCAAAUUACUUACGGAAUUUAGUACAGCGAUGCCGCUGUCACCUGGUCGUGAUAGAAGUGGCAAAUCCAAGGAUGCGCUUCUUAAAGUUUUCAUAUAUGAUGGUAAUGUAAAGAUAAUUGAGAAUGGUGUGGAGAUGGAAAGCGGGAAUGUGGUCCCUGGGUUCAGUAGCUCCGUGGCUGAUAUCGCAAACGCGUUCAGAUGAGAGGGGAUUGUCAUUCGUAUAAAAUAUGUUGUGUUUGUUCUUCCAAUUAAGUUAUAUUUUUAUUAGAAAAAAAAAAUCCUGAAAAUUAUGUAUUAACGUGGUAAGACUAAAGUUGUGAUCUGAAAUUUUAUGAUUUAGUUGUUGUUAUACAUACUUGUAAGAAAAUCAAUACCAAAAUUAAAUAAGGAUCAAAAAUG